UGUCCCCGGCGGCACUGGACUGCCACCCCCGAAGCAUCUCCUGCGCCCGGCCUGGAGCCCCCGGAAGCCACCUGCCGCGCCGCCGGGAUGGUGUGACCUCCAGCCAGCUGUUGGCGGUCCCACAUCUGGGUCAAGAUGCCAGUGAUGAAGGGCCUCCUGGCCCCACAGAACACCUUUCUGGACACCAUCGCCACGCGCUUCGAUGGCACCCACAGUAAUUUCCUGUUGGGUAACGCUCAGGGCCACCGCGGCUACCCCAUCGUCUACUGCUCCGACGCCUUCUGCGAACUCACCGGCUUCACCAGGACCGAGGUGAUGCAGAAGAACUGCAGCUGCCGCUUCCUGUACGGCGCCGACACCAGCGAGCACGUGGCCCACCAGAUGGAGAAGGCCCUCGAGGGCCGGGAGGAGUACCAGGCCGAGGUCCACUUCUACAAGAAGAACGGCGCGGCCUUCUGGUGUUUCCUAGACAUCGUGCCCAUAAAGAACGAGAAGGGCGAAAUGGUUCUCUUCCUCUUCUCCUUUAAGGACAUCACUGACACCUAUGGAAGGGGCCACCACAACAGCAAGAAGGAGGGUCCAGAGGACAAGAGGCGCAGGAGGAAGAGCAGCCCCCACUUCGUGGAGGCCAGGAGGCGGGGACGCACCAUGUUGUACCAGCUGACCAGCCAGUUCUCCAGGGGAGGCAAAAGAGAAGUCAACCUGGGGGGCAGCAUGAUUGCGAAGCCUUCGAUACCGGAGUACAAGGUGGCAGCAGUGCAGAAGUCACGCUUCAUUCUGCUCCACUACAGCAUCUCUAAAGCCCUGUGGGACUGGCUCAUCCUGCUGGCCACCUUCUACGUGGCCGUCACCGUGCCCUACAAUGUCAGCUUCACGCCAUACGACGACACGGUCACCGCGGCCCGCUCCACCAUCGUCAGCGACAUUGUGGUGGAAAUGCUCUUUAUUACAGACAUUGUCUUAAACUUCCGCACCACCUAUGUGAGCCAGUCGGGGCAGGUGGUGUAUGAGGCGCGCUCCAUUUGCAUUCAUUACGCCACCACCUGGUUCUUUGUGGACCUGGUGGCCGCGCUGCCCUUUGACCUGCUGUAUGCCUUCAACAUCACAGUGACCUCCCUUGUCCACCUGCUCAAAACGGUACGCCUGCUACGCCUCCUUCGCCUGCUUCAGAAGCUGGAUCGCUAUUCCCAGUACAGCGCCAUGGUGCUCACCUUGCUUAUGUCCGUGUUCGCCCUGCUGGCGCACUGGAUGGCCUGCAUCUGGUACAUGAUCGGACGUAAGGAGAUCGAGACCAAUGAGACCUGGGACAUCGGGUGGCUUCAUGAGCUGGGCAAGCGCCUCGAGACGCCCUACAUCAACAGCACGGUGGGCGGCCCGACGGUGCGCAGCUCCUACAUCGCUGCCCUUUACUUCACCCUCAGCAGCCUGACCAGUGUGGGCUUCGGCAACGUCUGCGCCAACACCGAUGCCGAGAAGAUAUUCUCCAUCUGCACCAUGCUCAUCGGCGCGCUGAUGCACGCCCUGGUCUUCGGCAACGUGACGGCCAUCAUUCAGCGGAUGUACUCCCGGCGCUCUCUGUAUCACACGCGCAUGACGGACCUGAAGGACUUCAUCCGGGUCCACCGGCUGCCGGAGCAGAUCAAGCAGCGCAUGCUGGAGUACUUCCAGACCACGUGGUCUGUCAACAAUGGCAUAGAUGCCAACGAGCUCCUGCACGACUUCCCCGACGAGCUGCGGGCCGACAUCGCCAUGCAUCUGAAUAAGGACAUCCUCCAGCUGCCGGUGUUUAAGGGGGCCAGCCGCGGCUGCCUGCGCUCGCUCUCCCUGCACAUCAAAACGUCUUUCUGUGUCCCCGGGGAGUACCUCAUACGUCAGGGAGACGCGCUGCACGCCAACUACUUUGUCUGCUCGGGGUCCCUGGAGGUGCUGAAAGACAGCAUGGUGCUGGCAAUAUUAGGAAAAGGGGACCUGAUUGGAUCUGACCUGCCCGGAACCGACCAGGUGAUCAAGACCAACGCGGACGUGAAGGCACUGACCUACUGUGACCUCCAGUACAUCAACGUGCGCGGCCUGAGAGAGGUGCUGGAACUCUACCCGGAGUACGCCAGUGUGUUCACCUCCGACAUCCACAACAACCUGACCUACAACCUACGUGAGGGCAGCCAGGACGAGGGCCCCGGCAGGUUUUCAAGGUCACCCAGACUUCCACACGAAACCAAACUCCCCUCCAUCGUGGAAACUAAGGGCGAUGACCCCGACGACUCCUUCCACCUCUCUCCAGCCACGCGCUCCCGUCGCAACCUCCUGCUGCCCAACUUCAGCAGCCCCGUCCGGCGUACCUCCCUGGGGAACCUCCUGGGGGACGAGCUGCGGCAGUUCAACGCCCUGCGGCGCUGCCGUUCGCCCAACCUCAGCCGCGGCGUCCACGGGCUCAGCUCGUCCCCUCAGCCGCCGUCCAAAAAGGAGCACACGGCCUCCGCGUUGGCCCAGUGGGGGUUGGGGCCCGAGAAGAAGCCUUCGAAGCUGCUCAUCCCGACCGUCACCUGCUUCGCACCACCAGAUCUAAGUCCCAGGGUUGUAGACGGCAUCGAAGACAACGGACACGCGUUCCACUUCAACGUGGAGCACAGCGGGCCCGGAGCCAGCGCAGGAGGAGGCAGCACCCAAGACUCCACUCAGGCUAAUGCUAAUGCUACUCUGCUGCAUGAGACACAGGAGGUCAAACAAAUCAUCAGCCAACUCAACCAAAAGAUGAGCACACUACACCAGGAAGUAUCUAACCUCACCAAGGACCUGCACCACAUGAUGCAUCUCCUUCAGGCGCACAUAUCUGUGCAACACUACAAAGCCUCCCUGCCUUCACUCCCCUAUGGCAUCCAAACGAUGUCCGGCCCCUCUGCGGCCCACAGCACUGGAACGCCCUUCGAUUCAGCGCCGACCUUCCACCCCAAUAGCGAUCCCGGGAGCCAGGAUGGUCCGCAAAGUGUCGAGCCCGUCGGCCACUGGAACUAUGGUGGGUCUGCCGCAACCCAAACAGGGCGCCAGCAGCAGAGGGGCCCGCCUCCUCUCGGCGUCGUCCCGGGCAUCGCACCUCCGGCUGGUUUGGAGGAGUCCCGCGACGGGCUUCUCGGCGCCAUCUCGACCACCUUCAGCCGGUCCCAGCCCACUUUGUGCCUGCAGCCUCCCGCUGACGGUGAUGAACACUCCCGCCUUUCGUCCACGCACAGCCUGCUGGACCCGCCCCGCCUUGACUUAUCACGCGAGGACAUUUGUGCUCUGUCCCACGAUGGGAUCCAGGACGCCUCCUUCUUCCAGAGCGAGGACUCGCGCCCCUCGGUCCACACUCCGUCUGCGUCUCCGCCCAUGUUGCCGGGCCACCCGGUCGGGUCCCCCCUGGACUCGGCCUCGCAGCGACCGGACGCUCUCGGGCCUCACCUUCUGCUGGGCGACCCGUCCGCCGCAGAGCACACCAGUCUGGAGUGCCUGCUGGGGAAUGGAGGCUCCAUGGAGAGCAGGGACAGUGAGAGCGCGUCAUCGCGAAGGUCCAGCAUCGGCGUUCAGACGCAGAGCACGGAGCAGUCGUGGUGUCUGGACCUCACAGAUUAAACUGCUUCAAGGGUGAACCCGCUGACCUCUGAUUGGGGGGGAAACAAGUUGAAGGCAAGCAACUACUUAAAGUGUUAAAGAGACCCUGAUGGAGAAUGUCAAUGUGUGCGGUAUUCCCACGCAAUUUCCACCAUUUCUAUGCAAAAGCAUGACAUUUGUGCAUUAUCUUGGAUUUACUGAAGUGUGUCUUUAAAUAAAAUAUUUCCAGUGUAUACUGUAUAUUUUUUUCCAACAUCCCUUAGAGCAAUUUGCAGUUGAUAAUUCCUGUUACCUCCUUGCAUGGUAAAGCUGUUUAUUCUUUUUCCUAAGGAAAAGGUUUCCAAACUGAUGUGUAAGCAUUCUACAUGACAACCUGUUGAUUGUGAUACUGUAUUUGUAAAGCACACAGCUCAGAGAGGUCGGAUGUUUUAAUAUAUGAAGGAACAAAAGUGACACACGCAUCACAUAUAGUGCAUAUAGUGACUAGAGUAUGUGCGUCAUUAAGCAUUGAUUGUUUAUUGUUUUGAAUUGAAUGUUUUUCUCACCUCAGCAUUUUCUAUUUGUGAGUUCUUGGACUACAAAUAUCUAAUAUCCAAUCUCGCGCUACGGUUUUAAUAAUAUUCUAUUGGACAUUACCAGUUUUACGCUUUCUUAAAGAUCCUCAAUGAGAUUUCUCAUUGUUUUCCACAAUACUGCAUUAAAUAAAGCCGUGAAAUAAUUGAUUUCUCACUGUUCUAUAGUUCUAUAGUUUAGCUGUUGAUCGAUAAACAUUAAUAAAAACAAACUUAUUUAAAAUAAAAGGGAGUCCCAUUAAAUACGGCCAUUAAUUUACUAAUAUGAAUGCCUACGGGGGGAAAAACAUUCAGAAACUUUGUUCUUUUUCAUUGAUUUCUUCUUAGCUGACAAAAUAAAGUAUGCAGAAACAAAUGAACGUGUCCUUCAUUGUGGCGUCAUACGCACAUGAUGUGUGUCAUUGCUCUAAAAAGAAACAGAAGAUAAAAUAAU